UGAACGUCAAAAAAAACAACCGCUUCAAAAUAAUUUUAACGAUAAUGUAUUUGAACAGAUAGAAGUAACUUCAAUAGUCGAAGAACAAGCUAACACUAAUAUAGGUACAGAGCCAUCAGAGAAAGCAGUGCGUGUGUCAGAUAAUAAAAUCCGACAAUAUAUAUCAGGCUCAUUAGCAUUCCUAGAAAGUCAUCAAAUAUUAGGUUGA